AUGAGCACCCGAAGAGAACCCCCGCAAGACGUCCCUCCGCCACCCUCGCCCGCAGUGCUGGGAGAAACCCUGCCUUCCGCCCGGGCGCGAAGAGCUCCCGCCCACUUCCGCUUGCCGGCCCCGCCUCCCCCCUCCCCCCCGCUGGGUCCUAGCGCCUGCCCCUCCCUGGCAGUGUCCCGGACUCCAUCGGCGAGAGCGGCUGCCGCUGACGCCACGGACCCAACCCAAGUUCGCGGAGCUCCAGCCUUGGAAGCCAUGGAGGUGGAGUCUGCGGAGGCCCGGUCCCCCGCGCCCGCGCCCGCCCCGGGCUACAAGCGCUCCGGCCGCCGCUACAGGUGCCUGUCCUGUACGAAGACAUUCCCAAAUGCGCCUCGGGCCGCGCGUCACGCUGCCACACACGGCCCCGCAGACUGCGCAGAAGAGGUGGCGGAAGCCAAGCUGAAGCCAGAGACAGAACCCAAGGCCGAGGAUGCUGGCGGGGACAAGGUGUCAGGCGCAUCGGCCAAGCCUCGGCCUUACGCGUGCCCGCUGUGCCCCAAGGCCUACAAAACGGCCCCCGAGCUGCGCAGUCACGGUCGCAGCCACACUGGCGAAAAGCCCUUCCCUUGCCCCGAGUGUGGCCGCCGCUUCAUGCAGCCCGUGUGCCUGCGUGUGCACCUGGCCUCCCAUGCCGGCGAGCUGCCCUUCCGCUGCGCCCACUGCCCCAAGGCCUACGGCGCGCUCUCCAAGCUCAAGAUCCACCAGCGCGGUCACACGGGCGAGCGGCCCUACGCCUGCACCGACUGCGGCAAAAGCUUCGCCGACCCCUCGGUGUUCCGCAAGCACCGGCGCACGCACGCCGGCCUGCGGCCCUACGGCUGCGAGCGCUGCGGCAAGGCCUACGCGGAGCUCAAGGACCUUCGCAACCACGAGCGGUCGCACACCGGCGAGCGCCCCUUCCUCUGCUCCGAGUGCGGGAAGAGCUUCUCGCGCUCGUCCUCGCUCACGUGCCACCAGCGCAUCCACGCGGCGCAGAAGCCCUACCGCUGCCCGGCCUGCGGCAAGGGCUUCACGCAGCUCAGCUCGUACCAGAGCCACGAGCGCACGCACUCGGGCGAGAAGCCCUUCCUGUGCCCGCGCUGCGGCCGCAUGUUCUCCGACCCGUCGAGCUUCCGGCGCCACCAGCGCGCGCACGAGGGCGUGAAGCCGCACCGCUGCGAGAAGUGCGGCAAGGACUUCCGACAGCCGGCCGACCUGGCCAUGCACCGGCGGGUGCACACGGGGGACCGGCCCUUCAAGUGCCUGCAGUGCGACAAGACGUUCGUGGCGUCCUGGGACCUCAAGCGCCACGCGCUGGUGCACUCGGGCCAGCGGCCGUUCCGCUGUGAGGAGUGCGGGCGCGCCUUCGCCGAGCGGGCCAGCCUCACCAAGCACAGCCGCGUGCACUCGGGCGAGCGCCCCUUCCACUGCACGGCCUGCGGGAAGUCCUUCGUGGUCUCGUCCAGCCUCAGGAAGCACGAGCGCACCCACCGGAGCAGCGAGGCCGCGGGGGCGCCCCCCCAGCAGGAGCUGGUGGUCGGGCUGGCGCUGCCCGUGGGCGUGGCGGGCGAGGGCUCCCCCGGCCCCGCCGCGGGCGCAGCGCUGGGGGACCCGCCGGCAGGGCUGCUCGGGCUGCCCCCGGAAUCGGGCGGGGUGAUGGCCACCCAGUGGCAGGUGGUGGGCAUGACGGUGGAACACGUGGAGUGCCAAGAUGCUGGGGUGGGGGAGGCUCCCGGUCCCCUGGCGGGGGCCGGCGAGGUGGGGGCGGAGGAGGUGGACGAGAAGCCGCCGCAGUUUGCCUGCCGCGAGUGCACGGAGACAUUCUCCACGCUGACCUUGCUGCGGCGGCACGAGCGCUCCCACCCGGAGCUCCGACCCUUCCCCUGCACCCAGUGCGGCAAGAGCUUCUCUGACCGGGCCGGGCUGCGCAAACACAGCCGCACGCACAGCUCUGUGCGCCCCUACACCUGCCCCCACUGCCCCAAGGCCUUCCUGAGUGCCAGUGACCUGCGCAAGCACGAGCGCACCCACCCUGUGCCCGUCGGGACCCCCGCGGCCCUGGAGCCCCUUGUGGCUUUGCUAGGAAUGCCUGAGGAGGGACCAGCUUGAGGCCCGUGCCCGCUCCGCCUCACGGCCAGGAGCCCGGACUUCACAGGGUGCCUCCUGAACCUCUCUGCCCCUGCUUUUUAGACUCCAGAUUCCUGUCCCCCGGGCAGCUAGCUUUCCUUGCCAGCAAAGAGUUGGGGCACAGAGACACGUGUCCUCUGAGCAACACUCAUUAAAACAUUCACUUUGACACUGGGUUGUCUUCUGUUUUGGCUGGGGGAGACGGAUUGGGAGUUUGGGCAUCACAUAAGGUUCACUGGAGACCCCUGGAUUGACGGAUUAGAAACCACAAGUGUCUUUGGCUGGCUUGUUUCCCAAUGUAUAUUUCCAGAAUGUCUUGACAAAGGGUUCCCUGGUCAAGGAAGUACAGGAAAUACCCUGUGCCCUUCUUGGGGAUUUUUGGUGAUCAAAACUGUAUUAAAGUCACUGAUACAA